UAUUUUUUCAAAGUAAAAAAGAUGGCGCCAUCGAUGGAAUCCUUGAAUAACCGGUGGAGGAGGAAGGUCUUCGCGUGUUUCACCUCCCCCGCAGACGAGGAUGCACCGCCGGCGUCUCCGCCUCCGUCUUCCGACGACGAGUGCGGCCGAAGAAGGAAGACUUCCCGCCAAAUCUUUUCCGGUUCGCUCAAGGCCGCUUUCUGCAAAUCACCUCUUGUGAAGAAAUUCCGGACAAGAAAAUCCAAGCAUCCAUACAAAGAUCAAUUAUCCAAGCAUCCAUACAACGAUCAAUUAUCCGCACCCGAAGAAAUUUUCCAGGACAAUUCCGACCGUUCGUCUUUAUUUUCGUCCUCCUCCGUUUCCUGCGCAUCUUCGAUUUCGUCCAAUUCCAGGUCAGGAUCCAGAAGAAUCAACGAAUCAGCUUCCCUCGAUUUGAAUCAGACGAGCGAAAACCUAAAAAUAGCGUGCAGCAGCAAAUGCAGCUACAGUUUCGCUACUGGGAUGUACGUUCUUCUGGUUUGUUUAGUAGCUCUGGUUUUGGGGGGGAAGGCUUUCGCCAUAGUCACGUGCACUUCCAUGUGGCUUUUCUUCGCCCCCUGUGGCGGUGACGACGGAGGCCGUUCUGUAAACAGCGGCGGCAAUGUUGUGGAGUCGACAGAAGAGUACAAGAAGAGAGUCAUCAUGGAAGGGUUGCUGUGGAGGAACCGUACUAGGUUGAUUUAGUUCUUAGCCUUUAGGGAGGAUGAUAUUUUUGAAGAACAUAUGUGUAUAUAUAUAUAUAUAAAAUCAUUAAUUAUUUAGUUGUAAGGAUUGUAUGUAGAGAUUGUUUGAGGGAUGGUUGAUCUUGUCUUGGCCUUUCCUUUCAACUUCUUCCACUAGUGGAGGAGUGAAGUUUUUGCAGCAUUGGGUUAGAUUAAUUGUUGUGUAAUCGGCUUUUACCAAGAUUCUUGAAAAAAGCUUGCAUGCUAUGUUAUUUAUGUAUCAAGAGUUUUUUUU